GGAAGACUGAUCGUGUGCCCAGGCGAGGGCCCCUGCCGCCGCCAGGCUAACCACGCCCCUGCCGCCUGGCGCGCUUUAGCACGUCUGGCUCUCUCUAUCUAAACCUGCCCUCUUGGCGAGGAACGCGAUCCGUCACCAUCACCAUCGACGUCAACGCCUACAUUUUGCCUCCUUUGACCACCCCAUUUCCCGCCACACGACGGUCGCACUCGACCCGAUUACUCUCGUUAUCUCGUUCAGUCGACGCACGCCAGGGCGGUAUCGGACUGCGAGCUCCCUUCUUUCCGUCGACAGGCUGGCCGUGGACUUGGGAGGACCCAUAUAGUUUGCGCGCCGCAACUGUCUCCGGAAGACACACUUUUCUUCGGACAGGAUCACAAGGCUCCUGAUGGGCGGCUUUGCAACGGUCGUUGCCAGGGCGGCGAAAGCCUCUCUGACGCCUUCGCUCGCAGCUCGGGCCACCGAUGGUCCGGAGGAAAUCACCGAUGAUACACAAGAUGCCAUCAACGGCAAAGAAAGCUCAGGGCUGACACCUAUCGAGGUCGGAAUCACGCUGGCCGUCUUCGUUGGCAUGUUUGUCGUUCUCGUCUGCAUUGGCGAGCUGUUGAAGAUCUACAACAAGCCUUCGACCGAGGCAGCGCCAUACAUGACAUUGAGCAGGCAGCUCUAUCAACCCAGCGCCGCGGGCUAUGGCACUAGAGGACAAAAGCAGCAGCAACAGCACCCGUCGUCUUCGCUUGCUGUUCCAAGCAACCAAAAGGUUGGGAGCCGGACCAGCCUGCUCGAAAGCGCAAGUCCCAUGGGGACCGGUGGCCGAGGCAUCGACGACUCGUUUGGCGACAGCACAAUGACCACGCCUUCGUCUCAUGGUCACGGUGGUGCCGGCGACUACUUCUCCCGAGGGGAUUACGCAACCAAUGGGAUGGGCCCCGGGUCAUCGCGAGGACACGCUCGAGGUCAGAGUUCAGGUAUCAGCCUGCCGGGCCCCGCCGCUGCUGCGCGGAGAGGAGGUGGCGGCGGCGGGGAGCAGCACCCAAGGUUGAAUGGCGCAUCGCCCAUUGGACCAGACGGCGGCGGCUUCCGGCCGGGGCAAGUGUUCAACUAUGCCUCGAUGGCUCCGGGAGCGGGGCCCUCGGGCGCGCCUGUCAAUGGAGGAUACCGGGGACCAGGCGCGAAGCCGCAGCUGAGACAGCAUCCCAUCGGACGAGGCCCGCCGCCUGCUCAGGAUGGCAAUCGGCGAUCGCGGUACGCUCGCAGUAGGAUUGACAGCGUCGGGCCAGGUGUGCUGCGCAAGUCAAUGUACAUGUCUGGCGAUGACGACCCGCGAUCUACCUCCGGCGAGGGCGGCAGCAACUUGAGGAGGGUAGACAGCAUCGGCAAGGGCGACCCGCGCCGCAAGAGCCAGGCAUAUGGCUUGGGAGCGGGAGGACCCUCGUCGCCUCCCAAGGGAGGAAGAGUGCCCAGCAUCUACAACAACGGUCAUGCAGAAAAGGCCACCCUCCUCAGCGCACAGGCAGACAACUUUGGUGCUGGCAGGACGGAUCCUCUGAGCGCACGCCGAGGUCCUUCGCCCAACCCUGGUCCACGGGGUGGGAAUGACCCAAGGGGUGGGGGCAACUACAACAUGUCGCCCUCGCCCGUUGGAUCUGGUCCGUCACGCCCUUAUCCCUCUCCAUCGCCCGGCGCGUACCAGGCUCGAGGACCACCACCGCCACACAUGCAGUCGGGCUAUCCGGGCCCACGGGCCGGUCCUCCGCAAGCCUAUGGUCGACCACAGAUGAUGGCAGGAGGCGGCCAGCGGCAAAUCAUCUAGGACAAUCUUCAUACCUUCCGUCUCGCUUUGUUUCCCCAAUACACGGCCGUUGCAGCCCUUGCUACCUCUAACCCCUCCCUCACCCGCCCUCUUCCCUCUCUAGUAAAGCACUCUCUGUGGACUGUAUGCAUAGCUCCUUCAUUUAUCGGGUCACAAAAAUCCUCCAUUCCAUUUG